AUGUCCAACAUUCCACCUAGCCAGUCUCCCCUAUCCCGCCCUCCUUCUUCGCCUCCAAAUUCUCGCCCGAUGCAGGCUACAGAUCCCAACCAGCAAAUACAGCAAAUACAAAGAGGACCUUCUCCAUAUCAAUCUACACCUCUUGGCCCUGGUGGUGCAUCUGUCAAUCAAAGACCUAUUGCUCCCUAUGGACCUCCUGGUGGAAUUAAUCCUCAAACGCGACCUCCAAUGCCCGGUAUGAGUCCAUCGCCACCCUUACCAGCAGGUUAUCGCCCUUCUUCUGCUCAGGCUCCAUAUACUGGUGCGCCUCCAGGAAUGUCUCCUGGACAGCCUGCCAUUCCACCUCAAUCAGGAAUAAGGCCAACCGUUUCUCCAGCCUUCAGGCCUGGAAAUUUACCGCAAACCUCUUCGGGACGUCCUUUAUCAUAUCCCAAUCAAACAACUAUGGGUCCUAACUAUCAAGCAAUGCCAGCAAAUUCGACAUCACCACCACUACCUGUAGAGAGUCCAGAAUCUCCAACAGGUCAACGUUCUCAAACACCGCCCUCGACAAGUCAUAAACCGAAACGUUUAUAUCCGAAGCAAAUCUCGGAAGUCUAUACAGAUUCUAACACGUACGGUGGACCAUAUCAGACUUUUACUCCUGCAGUGGCACCCGGUGGCAUUGGGCAGCAGAUACAACCACCAGCCAUUGAGCAGAAUGCGUACCAGCAGCCACAAUUCUUUACACCAGCUGGAGAUCAGAAUUAUCAGGCAGCGAUGCCUUCGAUGACGCCCGCUCAUUAUUCUCAACAAUAUCCACAACAACCUGCAAUGAACGCUUCAAUGGGUGGUUUGACGAGUCAGUUAAACAAUAUGAAUCUCGGGGGACAUUCACAGGCUCAAUUGAUUACCGUUAACUUGAUCGGUACUCCGCCAAAUGUCGGAGACCUGGAUGCUCCACCACCACCUAUUAAUUUACCACCAAAUGGUAAUCUGGAUUUGCUGAGAAGAUUUGCUGUAGCGGGAACAGAAUUAAGAGUACAUC